GGCGCAAUCAGCCGGUUCCCAUAAAAACAAUGUAAUGGUGAAAACAGUGGAAUAAUAUCAAUUAAAAAUAUGGAGUGUCCAGUCUGUUCAAAGAAAUUUCCAUCAGAUGAGAUUGAAACUCACGUGGAUUUAUGUUUAUUCAAUGAAAGUGAUCAGACUGCCUCAACCUCCUCCAGCAAAAGAACCUUUCCAUUCAUAAAUGGUGAAAAAAUAGAUGUCAAAAAGCUGAGAAUCCAAGAAACACCUGAUACUGAUGAUGACACAAAACCUCAGGGCUCUGGAAGACAGCAGAAAAGCAACGAGAGUUCGAAACCAAAAGUAGUUUCCAUGUUUGCUUCGAACUUGCGAGGUGAUAGAGAGAAUAAGAAAAAAGCGACAGGUGUGAGGGGGCACGUGCCACUGGCAGAGAGACUCAGACCUGUUGAUUUCAGUGAUUACAUUGGGCAGAGGCAUGUGGUCGGGACUUCGACUGUCCUGGGGCAGUUGAUGGAGAAGAAGGAGGUUACUAGCAUGAUUUUGUGGGGUCCUCCAGGCUGUGGAAAGACAUCCCUAGCCAACAUCAUAGCAAAGAUGACGAAAACCAAGACCUCCAGUGACACCAGAUUCAUCAAACUGUCAGCAACAUCCUCUGGUAUCGCUGAUAUUCGACAAGCAGUGGCCACUGCAGUGGCAGAAGCCAAGAGCAAUCGUAGGACUAUUGUCUUCAUGGAUGAGAUCCACAGGUUCAACAAGCUCCAGCAGGACAUCUUCCUGCCCCACGUGGAGGCUGGAACAUUCAUUCUCAUCGGGGCAACCACGGAGAACCCCUCAUUCAGUCUCAACUCAGCACUCCUGAGUCGAUGUCGAGUUUUCUCACUGCAAAAACUAUCCCGAGAGGAUAUCCAACAGAUUCUAGAGAAGGGGGUGGAAGCGUUGGGGGGUGGAAUCACCCCGAGUGAUGGAGGAGAAGAUCCUGAUCAGGAAUUCGUCAUUGAAAGAGGGGCAAUGGAGUGGCUGGCAAAUAUCUGCGAUGGAGAUGCGAGAAUUGCCCUGAGUAGUCUUGAAUUGACGAUUAAAUCUAGAGGGAGAAGCCAGGGAGCACCGAUAAUUGGGCUAGAUGAUGUGAAGUCUAAUUUAGAGAAAGCUUAUUCGCUGUCAGAGAGGAGGAGCGAUAGGAACCAGGAUCUAGUGGCUGCGAUGCACAGAUGCAUCAAGGACAGUCAUGCUAAUGGGGCUUUGUAUUGGCUGGCGAGGCUGAUGGCUACUGGAGAGGAUCCAGUGUUCAUUGGGAAACGAUUGAUUAGAAUUGCUAGUGAGGAUGUGGGCCUUGAUUAUCCUGAUGCGUUGGAUACUGCUGUCCACACAAUGCAUGGCUGUCAAAUGAUCGGCAUGCCAGAGUGUGACGUACUCUUGGCACAAUGUGUCUGUUAUCUGUGCAAAGCUAGCAAGUCUAGAACUGUUGAUUCAGCCCUCAGGCGUGUGCAAAGGGUUAUCGCGGAUCAUAAGGGGCCGCAGCCAUCGGUCCCAAUGUUCAUUAGGGAUACUUCUUCACAGAGGAAAUUGCGAGUUGCUGUUGGUCGGAAUUUGGUGAGACUUGAUGAUAAAAGCAGGAAUCACUUACCAACGAGUCUGGAGGGCAGAGAUUUCCUCGGAGAAGAUGAUGAUCCUGAUGAUUGCACUACAUAACACUGACUCUAAUCACUUGAUAUUUCAAUAAUUACAAAAAAAUCUAGUAUUUAU